UAAAAGUAACAUUAGGUCAGAGAAAAAAAUAUAAUACCCUUAUGUAUUUUAUAUGUAACUUUUAUGUACCAUAUUUUAUUAACUAUGUUUCGAGUAUGCUAUGAUCCCCGUAAUAUUUUUUUAUUGGUAGAAACCCCGUAAUAUUUUAAUAUCAUACAUUCAUCAGACAGUGGUGUGAUAUCGGGCCACCUUUUCUGAUACACAUUGAAGUUUGGCUGCCAAACCUCAAUAUUUAUCAGAAAAAACUCAAGUUGGAUAUGUGUAAUAUGUAAGCCAAACCUCAAUGUUUAUCAGAAAAGACCCAAGUUGGGUAUAUGUAAUAUAUUAAUCAAUUGACUAUUCAACCUCUCAAGUCUCAACAAUAGAUUCCCAUAACCUGUCACUGCUAAUCAAAUAAUAAAAUUUAACAAUAAUAAUCAUUAAUUUAUUACUGUUAGCACAUACGUGUACAUCUUGGGUUCAUUUAUUUACUAUAAUGCUCCGUUUAACGUCUGCCGGCAAUAUGAUUGGUUAAUUGGCCUAUAUUAGGCGGCAGGCGUCAUGCAUAGAUGCUCAACGAGUCAAUGUUUACUGUUAUCUUCUUCCUCCUUCAAUCUAUAUUAUAAAUAUCUACUACUUCACACUUCCCUUUGUUCAGAGAGAGAGAGAGAGAGAGAGAGAGAGAGAGAGAUACAAAGUUGAUUUGAAACUGAAACUCUCUCUUUAAUGGAGGAGACCAGGAACAGGAAGAAAGAGGAUGAGGAGGAAUUCUCAAAUGGUCAUCACCACAAAGAAGAAGAUGAGGAGCCAGCAGUCAACUACAGAGGAAUCAAGGCUAUGCCUUACAUCAUUGGAAACGAGACGUUCGAGAAGCUGGGGACGGUGGGGUCGGCGUCGAACCUGAUAGUGUACUUGACGUCCGUCUUCAACAUGAGCAGCGUCUCCGCCACCACGCUCAUCAACGUCUUCAACGGCACCUGCAACUUGGCCACUCUCGUCGGCGCUUUCCUCUGCGACACUUACUUCGGCAGAUACAACUGCCUCGCCUUCGCCUCAGUGUCCUCCGUCUUGGGAAUGCUAGUUCUAAUGCUAACCGCCGCAAUCCCGGUCCUCCACCCACCAAAAUGCGUCCCCGGCCAACCAUGCUCCAAGCCAACCGCUGGCCAGUUCACCUUCCUAAUAAGCUCCUUCAUCUUCCUAGUCAUCGGCGCCGGCGGCAUCCGCCCAUGCAACCUAACCUUCGGCGCCGACCAAUUCAACCCGAAAACCGAAUCGGGCCGAAAAGGAACCAACAGCUUCUUCAACUGGUACUACUUCACCUACACCUUCGCCGUCAUGGUCUCCGUCACGGGGAUCGUCUACGUCCAAUCCGACGUCAGCUGGGCCAUCGGACUCGGAAUCCCCGCCUUCCUCAUGUUCCUCUCGUGUGCAGUAUUCUUCUGGGGCACGAAAAUGUACGUCGUCGUCAAACCUCAGGGCAGCCCGUUGACCAGCGUGGCUCAGGUCCUCGUGGCCGCUUCCAGAAAGAGAACCUUGAAAUCACCUGAAAAUCCCCACGACGAACUCUUCAAUUAUUUGCCGGCCAAGUCAUUGAACUCCAAGCUUAGGCAUACCACGCAAUUCAAGUGUCUCGACAAAGCAGCAAUCGUCACGGGACGUGACGAGUUCAACCCAGAGGGCUCACCGAAACAGCCGUGGAGGCUCUGCAGCGUGCAACAAGUCGAGGAAGUGAAAUGCGUCGUCAGAAUUAUACCCGUGUGGUCGACUGCCAUUUUGUUUCACAUCGCCAUAAUGCAACAGCAGACGUACGGAGUCUUCCAAGCGUUACAAUCCGACAGGCGGUUAUCGACCUCAGGGACAUUCCGUGUACCGGCGGCCACCUACAUCAUCUUCACCAUGCUUGCUCUGACCUUGUGGAUUCCGGUAUACGACCGGAUCAUCGUCCCUUACCUCGAAAAGAUCACCGGCAAGGAAGGCGGCAUCACGAUGCUUCAGCGCAUGGGGAUCGGUCUCAUCCUCGGCAUCUUUUGCAUGAUCGUAUCGGGGUUGGUGGAAGAGUACAGAAAGCACAUAGCAGCGACAAAGCCAGGGCUCGGGAUCGCUCCAAAGGGCGGCACGAUCUCAUCCAUGUCAGCGAUGUGGCUGGUCCCGCAGCUGGUGCUUACUGGGCUGGCGGAAGGGUUCAACUACAUUGCGCAGGUCGAAUUUUUCUACAAGCAGUUUCCGGAGAGCAUGAGGAGCGUGGCUCAGGCGUGCUUCUUUGCCGGGAAUGCGCUUGCGAGUUAUCUUAGUGGGUUUUUGGUGUCUCUUGUUCAUCAUAUUACGAAAGGGAGCAGGCGUGGGGAUUGGUUGCCUGAUGAUUUGAAUGAAGGGAAGUUGGAUUACUUCUAUUUCAUGUUGGCUGGGUUGGGUGUACUGAAUUUGGGGUAUUUUUUGGUUUGUGCUCGGUGGUAUACUUAUAAAGGGGCAGCGGAGGUGGAGAUUACUGGAAAGGAAGACAAGAAAAAUGUUCUUCUUGCUGUUUAGUUAGGAUGAAUGACUUUAACUUGUGGUUUGUAAAUGUAAUAUUGGCCUUCUUUAUAUUACUAAGCAAAUGCAGUUAAUUAAAUAACUAAUUAAACAUUGGGUCCAAUCACAAAAUUCGAUUUAUAAAAUUACUAACGAUUUAUAAAAUUACUAACGGUAAUAGACAAAUUGCUAAUAUAAUAACUACCAUCUAUUUGCAUUACACAAAGCCUUUGUAAUAUAAGUUCGUAACUUAGCUCCUUUUCGACACUAUUCAUCAUAUUUUAACUAAUUUAAUCAAUUGUGAUAGUUUUC